GGGUUCGGAUGCUCCUCCGAGGUCUCUCUCACUCGAAAGAUCAUGAUCUAGAGAUCAGACAGCUGCCGAAGCAAAUAGAGGGGGAGGGGUUCACAGGGUGGACACCCGCGGAUGGCGUCUCCGCUCAGAUCACCCUCUCCAUCCAUCAUCCGUGGUGCUGCUGCUGCCAGAGACCGUACCACCACCGCACAGCAACCGGCCUGCACUGUCGUCGGAAAGCUGAUGGCUGGCUGGUCAUGUGUCGACAGCGCCAAGAAGGGGAAAAAAGAGGGGUGGAAACUGGCUGGGGAGAAAGCCAACUGA